AUGAAGCACAACAACAACUACACAACGCAUUUAGUGGAAUCCUUUCAAAAAAAACAUCUCUUCUCAAUGAUAUCUUUUCUUGUGUUAUUUUCCAUUUCGAAUCUCUUCUGCAUGCAGACCGAGUAUCCUUCUUUGAAGCGAAUAGAGAUAUCAUCAACAUUUGGAAAAACUGAAAAUGUUACCUCCAACAAAGCAUUCAGAUACAGCGCUUUUGAAGACACGACACUUUCAAUUUCAGUGAAAUUUAAUGCAAACGUGACUCCUAUUCAAGUAAUGACAGAAUCCUUAUCUGUCUCUGUGUACAAUUAUUAUUAUGUCGUUUCAGGAAAUCCAGAUCCUUCAUUCACGUUACUUGGAGUCUAUCGAUUUACAAUCCAUCAUGUUAAUGUUAGUGAUGUACAAAACGACAUUACCUUAGAGAUUGCCUUGAGAUAUCCAUUUGGAAUUUUUAAUGUCAAUUCGAGUACGGUUGGAUUUUACAAAUUCAAUAGCUAUUAUUUCUCACCGACAAAUUCUAGAACCUUUUACAAUUAUGCCAAUUUCCAAACAACAGUAUUGAGUUUUUGCAAGAGCAAUCGAUUCACUCCAUGCAAUAUUGUUUUUGGAGUAUUUGGAGUGAAAAAGGAUUAUACAUCAGCAUCAUUUGGAACCGUACAAACAGUGCAUGGACCUAGCUCUUUCAGAUACAUCCUAGGAGGUCCCUAUUAUAAUUUACAAACGCUAACAUUAACUUUCAAAGGUCAGAUUCCAUAUUCAGUGUCACCUACCUUUAAUCUCACCAUGUACACUCCCAACAACAGUAGUGAAAUACCACUAAAUUAUUACAUGUUAAAAGCUUUUACGUAUGAAACCUCAACUCCUGAACCUUCCAUCUUUCAACAAACAUGGGAAUAUUACUUUGGAACAAGCAGAAACUUUAAAGAUUAUUCAGGAAAGGAGAUUGUUGUGGAUGUUUCAAAACUGGAAUGUGCUUGUAAAUCGUCAACUUCACACUCCUUUUCACCUUCCUAUGGCAGCAUUGUGAGUGCACUCAAUGACAAAAUUACAUGCACUGGAAGAGGAUCCAAAUUUUGUCGAUAUUUGGCCAUUAUUGCUCCAGAACCAGUUGUAAAAAACUUGGAAACUGAAGGAAUACCAUUCUUUACCACUCUUCGUAAAGGUUUGACCAGCUAUUACAAGGUUUCUCUUGAUCCCUUUCAAACACUAUAUAUUGAUGUCAAAAUAUACGUUGGAAAUGCAUACAUGAAGAUCAAGAAGGGAUCCAUUCCAACCUCAACCAACUAUGAUUUGGAAAAGUUUUUAUUCAUGCCAUCCUCUGUAGAGAUUAAGGGAGAUGCAUCUCUCACGACCCAUUAUAUUGCCAUCAGUAAUGAUUACGCAACGUCUGUGGAGUAUCACAUCUCUGUACGGUCCACAGACUUUCAGGAUAUGGUGGGAAAGAAACUGAGCCCAAUUCUGUUUUUCAGUAUCAUGUCCAUUCUCUUUUGUGCUUUAUCUGGCCUUAUUGUUGCAGUGGUGAUUCGACGAAAUCGAAGACAUACUCCCAAAGAGUACACUGUUCCAGACAUUCCAUUAGAAACGAUGAACACCUACUCCAUGACUCCUACCUCUACCAUCAACAACAACAACCAUGGUGCACAAUACUAUGAACCAACUCAUCACAUGAUUCAGUCCAAUACUAGUAGUAGUAGCAGUAGUAGUAGUGGUAUCAUUCCCGAUAGUCAUGGUGGUGGUUUUAAACCACCCUCACUCCGUCAUGUGUGA